AUGGGAUGUGAUGUAUGCCCCGGCUCUUCAAACCCACCUUCGUCGGUCCUCUCUUUACGACCCACCUUCAUGGACCCACUCUCUGCGAUCCGCUUCUAUGGACCCACUCUCUUUACGGUCUACUUCCAUAGACGAACACUUUACGACCCACCUCCCAGGAACCCAAUCUCUUCGACCUAUCUCCUGGAACCCACUCUCUACGAUCCGCCUCCUGGAACCCACUCUCUACGACCUAUCUCCUGGAACCCACUCUCUACGAACUAUCUUCCGGAACCCACUCUCUACGAUCCGCCUCCUGGAACCCACUCUCUACGACCUAUCUCCUGGAACCCACUCUCUUCGACCUAUCUCCUGGAACCCACUCUCUUCGACCUAUCUCCUGGAACCCACUCUCUUCGACCUAUCUCCUGGAACCCACUCUCUUCGACCUAUCUCCUGGAACCCACUCUCUACGACCUAUCUCCUGGAACCCACUCUCUUCGACCUAUCUCCUGGAACCCACUCUCUUCGACCUAUCUCCUGGAACCCACUCUCUUCGACCUAUCUCCUGGAACCCACUCUCUACGAUCCGCCUCCUGGAACCCACUCUCUACGACCUAUCUCCUGGAACCCACUCUCUACGACCUAUCUUCCGGAACCCACUCUCUACGAUCCGCCUCCUGGAACCCACUCUCUACGACCUAUCUCCUGGAACCCACUCUCUUCGACCUAUCUCCUGGAACCCACUCUCUUCGACCUAUCUCCUGGAACCCACUCUCUACGAUCCGCCUCCAGGAACCCACUCUCUACGACCUAUCUCCUGGAACCCACUCUCUUCGACCUAUCUCCUGGAACCCACUCUCUACGAUCCGCCUCCUGGAACCCACUCUCUACGACCUAUCUCCUGGAACCCACUCUCUUCGACCUAUCUCCUGGAACCCACUCUCUACGAUCCGCCUCCUGGAACCCACUCUCUACGACCUAUCUCCUGGAACCCACUCUCUACUACCUAUCUCCUGGAACCCACUCUCUUCGACCUAUCUCCUGGAACCCACUCUCUACGAUCCGCCUCCUGGAACCCACUCUCUACGACCUAUCUCCUGGAACCCACUCUCUACGACCUAUCUCCUGGAACCCACUCUCUUCGACCUAUCUCCUGGAACCCACUCUCUACGAUCCGCCUCCAGGAACCCACUCUCUACGACCUAUCUCCUGGAACCCACUCUCUACGAUCCGCCUCUAUGGACCCACUCCCUACGACUUACCUCCAUGGACUCUCUCUCUAUGGCCCACUUCCAUGGCCCUACUCUCUACGACCCACCGUUUUAUUGCCUACCCUAUGGGGAGUAG